CGGGUCGCGCUCUUGCUACAUUGCGGGGUUGCCUCGGCGGGCUUGGACCACAUUCUAAAACUAAAUUUUUCUCUUCUUUUUUCCAACCUUCCACUGCAAUGGCUUCCCGUGGCUCUGGCUCUUCAUCAGGCAAUUAGACAGCAUUUAUCUGACUUCCUCCCCUCCCGUCAGAGAGCUGGACUACGCCGCUGGGAAGGACAAUAACAGGAAGCCCCACUGGGAGGACUGGGGAGGGGGACGCUGGGCUGAUCUGUCACCUUCAGGGCAGCUUUAGAACUUCUGACUCCAGCGGUAUCAGCUCACACAGGUUCAGAGCUGUGCGGUGCGGAGCCCCCACCCCCCCCACACCGCACACACAGACAUACACACCUCCGCAUAAAGGAUUUAUUUGUGCUUUUGCAGAGCACUGUGGAUUGAUACCCAGCAGAGCAGACCUGAACAUAUCCCACAACAGAGCAUGAGGUCAUCUGCUGGGAGGCAGAUGAUGGGAUUGGCCAGGUUGCUGGUGCUCAGCGUGCUGACCUUCACCCUCUGCAUGGCUGGCGCAGACCUGCGCAGAAAGAAGAGGGAUUGGGAGUGGAAGUUCUUCUUUGUGACCGAGGAGGCAGACUUCCCACAAAAGAUUGGGAAGCUGUCAUCAAACAAGUCAAAUGCGAACACUAUAUAUGUGAUCGAGGGAGAGGGGGCAAACACAAUCUUUGAAGUUAACCAGCAUGGAGAUUUAAACGUCAAUAAGAAGCUAGAUCGUGAGACCAAAAGCGAAUACAAGCUGAAAGCUCAACUUAUUGACAAGACGACAAAGGAGGUGGUAGAUGGCCAGGAGGAUUUUGUUAUCAGGGUCAACGACAUCAAUGACAACUUCCCCGUGUUUCCAACAAUCUACAAGGGCUCUGUCGAUGAGAGAUCUCCAAAAGGAACCAAAGUGCUGACUGUGACAGCCACCGAUGCUGAUGAUCCAACCACUGGGAACGGGAAGGUUGGCUAUAUGCUGAAGAAUGGCACCGAUCUGUUUGAUAUAGACCCUCAAGGGGUCAUCAGAACCAAAGUGGAUGCCCUAGACCGUGAGAAGCAGAACAUGUACCUGAUUGUGGUCGAAGCAAAGGACAUGCCUGGUUUUCAAGCAGGGAACAUCGCAAACACCACGGUCACCAUCAAUGUGGCCGACAUCAAUGACAACAUGGCCGUCUUUAAGACAAGACACUUCACUUUUGAUGUCAAAGAGGACCAACAGAAGGACUUUGAAAUUGGUGUCAUGGAAAUAGAGGACAAAGAUGAGGAGCAGAACAAGGAUCCAUCUUUCACCAUGGAUUCUGGUGUUUCCCGUAUUUUUGAGGUUGUGACAAACCAGAGGAAGGAUGGUGUGCUCAUUCUGAAAGAGGCUCUGGAUUAUGAAACCAAGAGCAAGCACACAUUCGUCGUGUACAUGCGGGAAGACACUCUCCGGAGUCCCGCUGACAACCAGGGCGAGGCCUCACGCACUCAGGUUGAGGUGGUCGUCAACGUGCUGGAUGUUAACGAGCCCCCAGUUUUCACCCAGCAGAUGUAUAACUUCUCACUCCGCGAAGAUGCCAGAAUUGGCACCAGGGUCGGAAAAGUGAGCGCCAGAGACCCUGACACAGCCCAAUAUGACAUACGAUACAUGAUAAAUGACCGAAACUGCCCAGUGGUGAUCGACUGGAAAACCGGAGACAUGAAGUUACAGAAGGAGCUAGACAGGGAGCAUGUCCGGUCACACCCGUUCCAUGUGAUCGCGGAGGAAAUUACACCAGAAGGUCUGGGUCUGAAAUCCCACGUGAUUGUCAACCUGGAGGUUCUAGAUGUGAAUGACAACCGCCCGGAGCUCUUUAUAUAUAAGGAUCUCUUUGUUUGUGAGAAUGAUAGACCUGGCACGAUGAUCGGAAUGGUGAGUGCGACAGACAGAGACGACCACAAACAUGCCUUCAGUUUCUCCUUGGCACAGCCAAGCGCCAACUUUUCACUCGUCGAUAACAAGGACAACACGGCCAACAUCUCAGUGCUGCAAGGAGGCUUCGAGGCUGAUGGUCUCCAUCAUUACAUGCUGAUGGUGAUGGUGGUGGAUGGCGGUAGCCCCCAGCUGAGCAGUAAUACCACAGUCUUCAUUCCGGUGUGCAAGUGUGGUGAAAACCGCGAGUCUCGAUACUGCAGACCAGCAAAGGUCGGGGCCAGCGUCAGCUUCCAUGCACUCAUUGCCAUCAUCCUGUGCAUCCUCACCAUCCUCGUCAUUGUGAUCCUCAUCGUGUUGAGGAAACGUUACCAGAAGGAGGCGCUGGUCACCCUGGGUAAGAACUCUGGGGAGAUUCACGAGCAGCUGGUGACCUACGACGAGGAAGGCGGGGGUGAAAUGGACACCAAUGGCUACGACGUCUCAGUGCUGACAUCGGCUCGCAACGACGGGAGUUUCGUGCCCAUACCUGCCAUGUAUGCAGUAGUGAAGAAACCGACGGCAGCACGUGGAGACAUGGCGGCUAUGAUCGAUGUCAAGAAGGACGAAGCAGACCACGACCGGGAUGGCUAUCCCUACGACACCCUGCACAUUUAUGGAUACGAGGGGCCCGAAUCACUGGCCGGCAGCCUCAGCUCCCUGGAGACCUCGUCUGACGAUUCAAACCUGGACUACGACUUCCUCAACGACUGGGGCCCUCGCUUCAAGACUCUGGCCCAGCUGUACGGAGUGGACAGCCUGGACGACGGGUAUCUGUACUGAGGACUACGCUCCUGCCCACAAAGGCCUUUUCCAGUGCGUUCAAGUGUUUGAUCACACCUGAGUGAAACUUCUUGAUUUCUGUCACAAACACAGGUGAACGUGGGAGCCGAUAUGGUCUGCUGCAGUGUGCCAAGACGUGGUCAGUCCUCACACUGGCACCAACACUGUGUUUUCCUUUGUUCAUUUUGAUAUAACAUUCUUUUUGGGGUCGACUUCAUUUUACUGGGCACAAUUUUUGAGAAACGAUCUCAAAUGAAGUGAAAAUUGUGAUCUGUUUGUAGCAAUUAGCUUUAACGAUAUGUUUGGUGCAAAUCGAUAGCAAU